AUGAGCAAAUCGUUCACUCGGCUCGGAUUUGCGUUACCAAGAGCACUCCAAGGUCAUGUGGAGAGUAUUAUUAAAAAAGAACAAGAAAAUCAACAAUUCUUAUCUAACUUUAUCGAACAGGAAAAAAUGGAAAAACCACAAUUGGAAUUACUUUUGGGUGGUGUUCGAGAGUUGUACGAUAUGUCAAACAAAGAAAGAUUUUACGGCUAUUAUAUGCACAAUUUCCCACAAUUUUCCCUUAAAGUUAAAAAUACGAGAUUCUUGACAAAACAUCCAAGAGACAAAUUAUACAAUCAACUUUUCCUCGACCUUAAAUAUUAUGAAGAUUUAUUCGAUAUUCUUAAUAAGUUGGCAGAGAACUUAAAAAUGACUGGUGAUCAAUUGUUUUUAACUACUAUUCAUAAUUUUGAGGACUUCAUUAGAAACCUCAAAGAUUUACAAAGAAAACAUGGUUUCAAGGAGAAACAUUUUGUCAGGAGAAGAAACGACAUUUGGGAAAAGUUCAAAGAACAAGGGUUUGGAACUCCACCCGGAGCUGCGUCUUCAAGCAAAGCUACAGGAGCAACUGGUGUUGGAAAAUAA